CGCGCCUCCAGUGAGAGGUGAAACCAAGAUGGCGGUCGCACAGUGACUGAGGCGGAGACAGAGGCAGUGGGAGACGGACGGGCCUCGCCGCGCCUUAGCCAGCCAGCCCGGCCGGGGAGGGGCUUUGCCUGCCGGGCGCCCGGAGCGGAGCCGGCCGGACUAGCGGAGCGGGCCGAGGAGCCGGGGCUGAGCCGCAGCAGUAGCGGGAGGAGGAGGAAGAAGAAUAUGGCGGCGGAGCCGGGCUGGGAGUGAAUCUGCCGCGAGCCCAUGGGGAAGACGGGGCGCUGAGCCCGGCCGCCUUCGCACCCCGCCCGGGACAGGCAGCGCCCGCUGGCCGCCCUCGAGCCGCGCCUCCUCUACCCCCCGCACUGACGAACUGCGAGCGAGGGGGCGUCGGGCCUGGGCAGCGCCCGCACAAUAGAGCCGAGCGCUGGGCAGGGGGUGAACUGACCCCGCUCCCUCCCCCUUGCCGCCGAUCUGCCAGCACCCCUUGUCCCCUCUGCUAAUCUAGCUGCUCCCUGUCCCCUUCCCCGGCCAGCACACUGUCCUCCCGGCUCACCCCUCUCCUGGCACCCCUGCUCUGCAAGCCCCAUCCCCUGCCACCUUUUCCCCCCACCCACUUCUAGCCUCCAUAGCCAUCUUUCCUCUCCUUCACUAUCCCUCCUCUAAUACCUCUGCUCCCUUCCCACGCUGCCCCUUCGGCCUGUCCCUUUACCCCUGGCAGCCCAACUGCUCUCUAGGCUUUCCCUCCCGACUAGCACCUCCCUGGUCCUCUAGCCCUCCUCCUAAAUAGCUUUCCACCAACCACCCCUUCCCCAGCACUCUGCUGUGUCUCCAAAUAUUGGGGAUGAGGAGGAGACUGCCCCAGCAGUGAAGGAUAAGGAGAGAUCUGAGGGUGUCUGUGUGGGACUGCUACCCUCUUUCCUGCUCCCCUCUGAGGGGGGCCUAGCCCCCCACCAACCUCCUGUUCCUUCAGGUGUCAUAGGCCAGGGUGGUGGCUGUGGUGUGGCAGGCGGCAGGAUGACAGACACCCGGCGGAGGGUGAAAGUUUACACGCUGAAUGAAGACCGCCAGUGGGAUGAUCGGGGCACCGGACAUGUGUCCUCUGGCUACGUGGAGAGGCUGAAGGGCAUGUCCCUGCUUGUCAGGGCAGAGAGCGAUGGUUCUCUUCUUUUGGAGUCCAAAAUUAAUCCAAACACUGCAUACCAGAAGCAACAGGACACUUUGAUUGUGUGGUCUGAAGCUGAAAAUUAUGACUUGGCACUUAGCUUUCAAGAAAAAGCUGGAUGUGAUGAAAUAUGGGAAAAAAUAUGUCAGGUUCAAGGAAAAGAUCCUUCAGUGGAUAUUACUCAGGACCUUGUAGAUGAAUCUGAGGAGGAACGUUUUGAUGAUAUGUCAUCACCAGGUCUAGAAUUGCCAUCUUGUGAAUUAAAUCGGCUAGAGGAAAUUGCGGAACUUGUGGCAUCUUCACUGCCUUCCCCAUUGCGUCGUGAAAAACUCGCACUAGCACUGGAAAAUGAGGGCUAUAUUAAAAAGCUCUUAGAAAUUUUUCAUGUGUGUGAGGACUUGGAGAACCUUGAAGGACUACACCACUUAUAUGAAAUUAUCAAGGGAAUCUUCCUUCUGAACAGAACUGCACUUUUCGAAGUAAUGUUUUCUGAGGAAUGUAUAAUGGACAUAAUUGGAUGCCUAGAAUAUGAUCCUUCGUUAUCGCCGUCACGGAAACACAGGGAAUUUCUGACAAAAACAGCAAAAUUUAAAGAGGUGAUUCCUAUAUCUGAUCCAGAGUUGAAGCAAAAAAUUCAUCAAACUUACAGAGUACAGUAUAUCCAAGAUAUGGUUCUACCCACUCCCUCAGUGUUUGAAGAAAAUAUGCUGUCAACACUUCACUCCUUCAUCUUUUUUAAUAAAGUGGAAAUAGUUGGUAUGUUACAGGAAGAUGAAAAAUUUCUGACAGAAUUGUUUGCACAAUUAACAGAUGAAGCCACAGAUGAGGAGAAAAGACAAGAAUUGGUAAACUUUCUCAAAGAGUUCUGUGCAUUUUCUCAAACAUUACAACCUCAAAACAGAGAUGCUUUUUUCAAAACAUUGUCUAAUAUGGGUAUACUGCCAGCACUAGAAGUCAUCCUAGGUAUGGAUGAUGCACAAGUGCGAAGUGCAGCUACUGAUAUAUUCUCAUAUUUGGUUGAGUACAAUCCAUCCAUGGUACGAGAGUUUGUUAUGCAGGAAGCUCAACAAAAUGAUGAUGAUAUUUUACUCAUUAACCUCAUCAUAGAACACAUGAUUUGUGAUACAGAUCCCGAACUUGGAGGGGCAGUCCAACUCAUGGGUCUCCUUCGUACUUUAGUUGAUCCAGAAAACAUGCUGGCCACAGCCAAUAAAACUGAAAAGACAGAAUUCCUGGGUUUCUUCUAUAAACAUUGUAUGCAUGUUCUCACAGCUCCCUUACUGGCUAAUACAACAGAGGAGAAGCCUAGCAAAGAUGAUUUUCAGACAGCCCAGCUCUUGGCAUUAAUAUUGGAAUUGCUAACGUUCUGUGUAGAACAUCAUACGUAUCACAUAAAGAACUAUAUUAUUAACAAGGAUAUCCUGCGGAGAGUACUAGUUCUGAUGGCCUCAAAGCAUGCUUUCUUGGCAUUAUGUGCCCUUCGUUUUAAGAGAAAGAUAAUUGGGUUGAAGGAUGAAUUCUAUAACCGCUAUAUAAUGAAAAGCUUUUUGUUUGAACCUGUGGUCAAAGCAUUUCUCAACAAUGGAUCCCGCUAUAAUCUGAUGAACUCUGCUAUAAUAGAGAUGUUUGAAUUUAUUAGGGUGGAAGAUAUAAAAUCAUUAACCGCUCAUGUAAUUGAGAAUUACUGGAAAGCACUGGAAGAUGUAGAUUAUGUGCAGACAUUCAAAGGAUUGAAACUACGAUUUGAACAACAAAGGGAAAGACAAGAUAAUCCCAAACUUGACAGCAUGCGCUCCAUCUUGAGAAAUCAUAGAUACCGCAGAGAUGCGAGAACCCUAGAGGAUGAGGAGGAAAUGUGGUUUAAUAGUGAUGAAGAUGAUAUGGAAGAUGGCGAAGCAGUGGUGCCCCCCUCUGACAAAACUAAAAAUGAAGACGACAUUAUGGACCCUAUUAGUAAAUUCAUGGAAAGGAAAAAAUUGAAAGAGAGUGAAGAAAAGGAGGUCCUUCUGAAAACUAAUCUUACAGGUCGUCAGAGCCCAAGUUUCAAACUUUCCUUCUCUAGUGGUACAAAAACUAACCUUACCAGCCAGUCGUCUGCAAGUAACUUGUCUGGUUCUCCAGGAUCGCCAGGAUCGCCAGGAUCACCGGGAUCAGUUUCUAAAAGCACAUCUCAGAUGGCAGCUAUUACUACCAAGGGAGGUCUAGUGGGGCUUGUAGAUUAUCCUGAUGAUGAUGAAGAGGAUGAUGAAGAUGAAGAUAAGGAAGAAACUGUACCUUUGUCAAAGAAAGCAAAACUUGAGUCGUCAUAAUGGCAACCGUCUAAUAUCAAUUUCUGUUGAGGAAGGAAAAAAAAACUACUAAUUUUUCAAAUUAAAAAUAAUAAUACACAACAAAGCAGCAAUCUUUUGUGAAUUACUGUGUGUGACACAGAUCAACCUAUACAAAUGGAUUUCUGCUAAUCAAGUGCCAAUUCAAAGGAGCAGAAGAAGGGGAAAAUAUUACAUUUAGGGGGAAGACUUAUGCCUUUGAGCUCUCCAGCUUGGACCACACAUUGCCCUUUUCUCAGGGAAGGAAAUGGAAAAACUAAAAAGCCAACAGGGCAGGAGUUGUGUUCAUGGAACUCUGGAUUGGCUGGUCAGUUACUACAAUCAGAAUAUGCUUUCUUGGACAAUGUAUGAGACUUUUGAAGAAAAGGCUGUCUUGCCAUAAUUCUUCACUAAGAAUGCCAGCAGUUUCUUUGUAUAAAGAGACCUGCCUUUGAAAUCGUACAUUCUGAACAUUUUAGUCAAGCUGCAACAGGUUUUAAAAACCUCUAUGCGGGAGGGCCUGAAUAUAAAGUUUCCUCUUUUUUUAUCUGUUCCCUUUUGCCCUUUAAACUGCAGAUUUUUUUUGGAGGUGGGGGAUUUGUCUGUCCCUUCUUGAUUAAAGAUCGAGUGGAAUUCUAGAUGUGGUCACUUUUUGUGUCAUAAUUUUAUUUUAUUUUAUUUUAUUUUGCCCCCUGAGUGUAUGCUUAGUUGUUGAGUAUAUAUUUGGGACCAUUAAAAAAUUUUUGAUGUAAUAUAAUCUCACUGUUGUGCUGGUACCUGUUUCACCCUGUGUAAUUUUGUUCUGCAUCACAAAUCUUGAUAUGUGUAGGAUUUUAUGGAAGAUGGUAUAGUUUUUAUUGAAAAAAAUGAUUCUUGCCACAAUGUGCAUACAAAAGCAAUACUAUUUUGUGACUAAAUAUUUUAUAUUAAACUUUACAUCAGCAA